AUGUCUACAGUCUCACUAAUUUCACUGAAACUUAGAUGGCGCGGACCUAGUCGCCAGUCGUCGCAACGCCACUCUGGCAACGGAAACAAUCAUCGGACAGGUGGUCAAGCUGGUCAAGCUGGUAGUCAAGGUGGCUCCCAAGGUGGAAAUAAUGCUUGGGGUGGCUCUAGUCCGGCGCAGGACCUGCAUGUCUCCGUUCGGGGCUUCAAUGCUACCGAAGCCAAAAAUAUCCUAAAGAGAGGUAGGACAGGGACAGGUGUUGUCUUCUCUACCGCGCAAUCUCACUGUCUCAAAUAUAUCGGUUCUAAUGGAUAUCUCGUCGCAGAAACCAAGCCAACUUUCUACAAGCCAAAUGGCAAGGACACGAAUAACCAACGAUCGGGCGGUCCUUGGGGUGCGAAAUCGAACACCAUGGCAAAUGGUAAAGAUUUCUACAUCGAAUUGCGGAAACAAGUCGCGUCCUUGCAAAAGGCCGGUCCUCCUGUCGGGGGCUGA